AUGUCCAAGGACGCAACAGCAACAGGAGGCGGCCGCGAACGUGGGGGAGGCAACGCCACGCAGGCGAGCAUGCUGUCAAACGAGGAAUUAGCAAACAUUGAAACUCUCACCAACGCCCAGCUACGAACGCGCGCGAAUCAACUACAACGCGAGAUUCAGCAGCUGAAGAAUGAAGAGCGUUCAAGGAUGAACGAGUUGCAGCGACUCAAGAAGGAGGUGGAGGAUGACAAGAAGCGUGUAAAGGACAACAACAAGCUGCCGUACCUAGUGGCCAGCGUGUCGGAGAUUUUGGACAUGGAUGAUGAGGAUGACGAGGUGGAGGAACUGGAUGUGGGAAGAAGGAAGUCUAAGCGGAAACAGAAGAGUGCCAUUAUAAAGACUUCAAAUCGGCAUACGGUCUUUUUACCUGUUGUGGGGCUUGUGGAUGAAAACAAACUUGGGCCACAAGACUUGGUGGGCGUAAAUAAAGACACCUAUCUGGUCUUGGACACAUUACCGCCCGAGUAUGACAGUCGUGUGAAGGCAAUGGAAAUUGAGGAGAAGCCAACGGAAAAAUACACGGAUGUGGGUGGCCUUGACAAGCAAAUCAACGAGAUGAUUGAGGCUGUCGUGUUACCCAUCACGGAUAAGGCAAGAUUUGAGCGUAUUGGUAUCAAACCACCGAAAGGGGUGCUGCUGUAUGGCUCACCGGGUACAGGAAAGACGAUGCUGGCUCGUGCGUGCGCAGCCGCUACAGAUGCGUGUUUCCUACGACUUGCAGGGCCUCAGUUGGUGCAGAUGUACAUUGGGGAGGGCGCUCGUAUCUUACGGGAUGCUUUUGCCCUUGCUAAGCAGAAGGCACCCACAAUUAUCUUUAUUGAUGAACUGGAUGCCAUUGGGUCACGCCGCUCCGACGAGGGUGGCAAGCACGGUUCCAGGGAGGUGCAACGAACCAUGCUGGAGCUCCUUUCACAGCUUGAUGGUUUUGGCAGUAGCGAUGAUGUCAAGGUCAUUGCUGCCACAAAUCGCAUUGAUGUGCUCGAUCCGGCACUGCUGCGAAGUGGACGUCUUGAUCGAAAGGUAGAAUUUACGCUUCCGGAUGAGGAGGCACGGGCGCGAAUCCUUGAAAUUCAUUCCCGGCGCAUGGCGAUUCAUGGGGAUGUCAACUUUGAGGAAAUUGCCCGCAUGACAGAAGAUAUGAACGGGGCACAAUUAAAAGCGGUUUGCGUGGAAGCGGGUAUGCUGGCACUGCGCAACGACCGUGUAUAUGUGGCACAUGAAGAUUUUGCUGAGGGUGUCACAGCUGUACAGUCUCGAAAGAAGUCCAGCCUGAAUUAUUAUGCAUGA